AGCAACAUGACCCCGUAACGGUGGCCUGCUCUUUGAUCGUAUCUCAAAUUCCACGCAUAACUCCAUGAAACCCACCUUCUCCGACUCAGUUAUUCAACCCCUACCAUUCAAAUUCCCUGACUUCUAUUGUGUAAAUCAGCCUCCACUCUUGUCACCCUUCCCGAUCCAAAAAUCCUCCCCGACAUGGAUUUGAAUCUCGAUGAGUGGGAUUUCCUGUCUGAUGAUGGCUUCCUUGAUUUCGGUGAAGACGGUCAGAAGAAGGUUUUCUUGGGAAAACAUUAUUCCGACUCGAUCAGCGUGUUCGACGCGGAUCACUUCAUUUGCCCUUCGCCGAGAUCCGUAAAGAGCAUCGAGCCACCAAGGAAUUCAAGGCUGCCAAAUCAACUUGUUCCUGUUCCAAUCCCUAUCCGAUUGGAUCCUGGACCUCCAAAUGAUGAGGCAGCGAAGGAAAUCAUCACUAAGAAUCCUAUUGACAUCCCGUCAGCUUCGAUUCAGAAAAACAGAGGCUCCCAGAUUGGAGGCGUGGAAGCUGAUCAGGACUCAGUCUCGCAGGUUUUCUUCAAAAUGAAGGAAAACGAAUUUGUCGACAUGAAAAUGGACUCACCAAAGUCCGGUAGCCGAGGCAUGUUGCCUCCAAUUGAUACCAUGAAAUUCGAUGAAAACGGAGAACCCAUGGAAAUCAUGACCUCUCCCCGACUCAAAAUUGAGAAGGAAAUACUUACCCACAAUGAUCAGGACUCCACUUGGGAACACAACAAAGAUGGGUUCAAUUUAUGGAAGUGGAGCUUCACAGGGAUUGGAGCUAUAUGUUCCUUUGGCGUUGCUGCUGCCACUGUCUGCAUCUUGCUCUUCGGUAGCCACCAAAAGAACAAACUCCACCACAACCACAAGAUUCGUUUCCAGAUCUAUGCCGAUGACAAGAGGAUUAAGCAAUUAAUGCAGCAGGCGAACAAGAUGAACGAGGCAAUUUCUGCAGCAACAGGUGUUCCUCUGAGCAGAGCUCACAUAACGUGUGGUGGCUAUCACGAUGGUCUGUGAAGCCUUAAUCAAGAGACUUAAAGAUAUGAAAUCCUACGUCCUGGUAUUACUAUUAUAGUUAUGUACGUAAUAUUACAUGAGAUGUAGUCCUUAUACCCUAUUAUUUGCAGUCCUUCCUGUAGAUGUGUGUGUUGUAAAGGGAUCAUAAUUUAGCUUGUUAUCCAGUCUAGAUCCUGUAUGUCAUUAUGAUUGAAAUCAUUUAUAAGCACAUUUCAUAUAAGUCAGGAUAAAACUCCGCUCACGUACUUAUAUACACUUACCUUGUAUUCUGUGAUUCACGAUUAAAAAGUUAUUUAUAAACUAUUCUAAACA